CUUCCUUUUUGGGUCUUCUGAAAACUAAAACUCGCAAAGCGGUGGCUGUCUGUGGAUUGGCUAGUACUAAAAUAUCCAUUGGGUGGCAGUAAUACUAUCCUCUUUAUGACUUGCUGCAAACCAGAGAAUGCAUUCAAUCAAAUGAACCGAUCUUGUAGAAACACUGGAAUCAUUUAUGCAUUGCAGUUUCUCUUUCUUGUUUUCGCUUCUUCUUCCCUGGGAUAUUUUGAGUGGAUUCUGGCUAUUAAUCAAGAUCUCGUGCUGUUCGUGGUUUGCUUGUCGUUUUCGCUCAGGAUUAGCAUCAUUCAAGAUAAACGCAAAGCUGCUUCCCCCCACCCACUCUCUUUUGAAAAAUCAUUUUUGGGGUCUGCUGAAGAGAGCUAGGACCCAGGAGACACCUUCCCAAACAGCAGGGGUUGUGUGCUUUCACAUAGCAGUACUGUACAAGGAAAACCCCGUCGGAUCUGUUAUUGCGGGAUACUUGUGAAAUACACAUAGGAUUCUUUCUUAUGGCUGCAUCCCGGAUCUGGAAAUUUUACUUGGGGACAAGGAAGAUUUGAAAGGCUACAUGUAUCCAGAAGAUUUGCAAGCAAGACUCCGAUUCUUGUCAUAGAGCUCACAGACUUAUUCACUUAUCGUCCGAUUUCCUUCCUUCUUAAAACAAAACAAAACAAAACAAAACACAUUUUAAAAUUUUCUCCCUCUUUUUCUUCAGUCUUUCAUUUUUUAUUCUGCCUCUUCUAUUUUUUUCUUCCUAGUCUUUUUUUCCCCUUCCCUGCUCUGCACCUGGAUUGUAUCGUCACUAAACAAUCGGGCACUUUGAGAACUAACUGGCGACAGUCUUGUAGGAAAGAUCUGUAUGGAAUUAUCUGCUUUUAUGGUGAACUUGGCGUUUGUGAAUGGGUACCUUGUUCACAACAUUAAUUGCUAGCAAAAACAAGAAAAAGAACACAGGAGUAAAAAACGUGGAUUUUUCUGAAUACGCAUUGUGAUGACCAGCAAUUACCUUACCGGCUGAUAUCCAGAGGAGAAUAAUUUGGAAGACUGUUGUGGGAACAGCAAGAACUGGAAGAUGAAAGCUCCGAUUCCACAUUUGAUUCUCUUAUAUGCUACUUUCACUCAGAGUCUGAAGGUUGUGACCAAAAGAGGUUCUGCUGAUGGAUGCACUGAUUGGUCUGUUGAUAUCAAGAAGUACCAAGUAUUGGUGGGAGAGCCUGUUAGAAUCAAGUGUGCGCUCUUUUAUGGUUAUAUCAGAACAAACUACACUCUCGCCCAAAGUGCUGGACUCAGCCUAAUGUGGUAUAAAAGCUCUGGUCCAGGAGAUUUUGAAGAACCCAUUGCGUUUGAUGGAAGUAGAAUGAGCAAAGAGGAAGACUCCAUUUGGUUCAGACCAACAUUACUACAGGACAGUGGGCUUUAUGCCUGUGUCAUCAGGAACUCCACAUACUGUAUGAAAGUAUCCAUCUCACUGACAGUAGGAGAAAAUGACACUGGACUUUGCUACAAUUCCAAGAUGAAAUACUUUGAAAAAGCUGAACUUAGCAAAAGCAAGGAAAUUUCAUGCCGUGACAUAGAAGACUUUUUAUUACCAACCAGGGAACCUGAAAUCCUUUGGUACAAGGAAUGUAGAACAAAAACAUGGCGACCGAGUAUUGUAUUCAAAAGAGAUACCUUGCUUAUAAAAGAAGUCAAAGAAGAUGACAUUGGAAACUAUACCUGUGAAUUAAAAUAUGGAGGCUUUGUUGUGAGAAGAACCACUGAGUUAACGGUUACAGCUCCUCUGACUGAUAAGCCACCUAAACUUUUGUAUCCCAUGGAAAGUAAACUGACAAUUCAGGAGACUCAACUAGGUGGUUCAGCUAACCUUACCUGCAGAGCCUUCUUUGGGUACAGUGGAGACGUCAGUCCUUUAAUUUACUGGAUGAAAGGAGAGAAAUUUAUUGAAGAUCUGGAUGAAAAUAGAGUUUGGGAAAGUGACAUUAGAAUCCUUAAGGAACAUCUUGGAGAACAGGAAGUUUCUAUCUCAUUAAUUGUUGACUCUGUGGAAGAAGGUGACCUGGGGAAUUAUUCUUGUUAUGUUGAAAAUGGGAAUGGACGUCGGCAUGCCAGUGUUCUCCUUCAUAAACGAGAGUUGAUGUACACUGUUGAACUUGCUGGAGGGCUUGGCGCUAUUCUCUUGCUGCUCGUCUGCUCGGUGACCAUAUAUAAAUGUUACAAGAUAGAAAUCAUGCUCUUCUACAGGAAUCAUUUUGGAGCUGAGGAACUGGACGGAGAUAACAAAGAUUAUGAUGCCUAUCUGUCAUAUACCAAAGUGGAUCCUGACCAGUGGAAUCAAGAGACUGGGGAAGAAGAACGUUUUGCCCUUGAAAUCCUCCCUGAUAUGCUUGAAAAGCAUUAUGGAUAUAAGUUGUUUAUACCAGAUAGAGAUUUGAUCCCAACUGGAACAUACAUUGAAGAUGUGGCUAGAUGCGUAGAUCAAAGUAAGCGGCUGAUUAUUGUCAUGACCCCAAAUUAUGUAGUCCGAAGGGGCUGGAGCAUCUUUGAGCUGGAAACGAGACUUCGAAACAUGCUUGUGACUGGAGAAAUCAAAGUGAUACUGAUCGAAUGCAGCGAACUCCGAGGAAUUAUGAACUACCAGGAGGUGGAGGCCCUCAAGCAUACCAUCAAGCUUCUGACCGUUAUUAAAUGGCAUGGACCAAAAUGCAACAAGUUGAACUCGAAGUUCUGGAAGCGUUUACAGUACGAAAUGCCUUUUAAGAGGAUAGAACCCAUUACACAUGAGCAGGCGUUAGAUGUUAGUGAGCAGGGGCCUUUUGGGGAGCUGCAGACUGUCUCGGCCAUUUCAAUGGCUGCGGCCACCUCCACAGCUCUAGCCACUGCCCAUCCAGAUCUCCGUUCUACCUUUCACAACACCUACCAUUCACAAAUGCGUCAGAAACACUACUAUCGAAGCUAUGAGUACGACGUACCUCCUACGGGCACCCUGCCACUUACCUCCAUAGGAAAUCAGCAUACCUACUGUAACAUCCCUAUGACACUCAUCAAUGGGCAGCGGCCACAGACAAAGUCAAGCAGGGAGCCGAAUCCAGAUGAAGCCCACACAAACAGUGCCAUCCUGCCGUUGUUGCCAAGGGAAACCAGUAUAUCCAGUGUGAUUUGGUAACAGAAAAGCAAAGGACAUCCCGUUCCUGGGAGUUUGAAAGGAAUCUGCAGUCCAGUGCCUGGAACUCAAUCCUCGACUGCUGCUGUUAAAAACAUGCAUUACAAUCUCUAGAACACGAGGAAAAACAGGGUCUUGUACAUAUAUUUUUUGGAAUUUCUUUGUAGCAUCAGUGUUUUCCUGUUUUACCAUGUCUCUUACCAUUACAUCUUUUUGACUUUGUUUUGUAUGUCAUUGGAUUUGUAAAUUUACAUUUUUUUUAAAGAAGAGACUGAUGUAUAGAUAGAAACUCCCUCCCUUUUUUCCUUCACUAAUUUAGUUUUAGAAUGAGUUUUUAAUUUUCUUUUAAAAUUUUAUUUUGCUUUUAACAUUUCCUUGGGGUGCUUGGACAAAUCUAUCUGAUGGGACAAGGAGCACCGGAUCCUCUCUCAGGUUCUUCCUAGGACCAGCUUGGCCAUAUGGGCCUUCAGAAAGCAGUGCGACUGAACGCCAGCCUUGCAUUGCCGUUUGGGAACAAAAGAGAGAGAGAAAGAGAGAAGAAGAUCUGUUCAUAGGAGGGCCCUGCCAGUCAGAGCCCUGAAAUCUCUUCCUUGUCCCCACCUCAUUCCCCACCUCUACCCUUCUAAUGGCAGCAUGAUGUGUAAACUCUGCAGGGGGUAGGGGUAGGUCUAACUGUCUUAACAUUUAAUUCACUGCUCUUCAGAAUACACUCUAGACCCAAAGUUGUGCUAGUCAUUCAACAGUGACCACUACAGAGUGCUCACGGCAGAGUGAAGAUCAAGGGCAUGAAAAUGGGGAGAGUGUUGUUUCCGUUUUUUAAAAAUGAGUUGAUGUACCCUUAUAUAUAUAUAAAUAUAAAUAUAAAUAUAUAUAUAAAACAGCAAAACAAAACAAAACAAAGAAAAAAACACACAAAAAUACAAAACUGAAAAAAAAAGCCCUAUAUUUGAUCACUUCCUGGAAAGGCAUGAAUGUGUUUGUGGCUGUUUUUGUUUGAUAAUCUACUUCCUCUUUUCCCUCUAUAAUUAAUUUUUCUGCAAAUGAGAUUAUGUGCAAAUACCAGGCAAGUUAACUCAGAUAGGUGAAUCAAGGCAAGUAAAAGUGAAAUUUACAUUGAAAGCUUCCAAACCAAAGGGAAGAACAGGAUGUGUCAUCAAAUAUGUUUUGUUACCUUGUAUUAUACAAAAUGUUAUCUUCUAAAGAGUCAGAAAAAAAAUCUGUGAAACUUAUUGUGGGGUCCCCUUGUACUUAAAUGUUAACUGACUUGUAUUUACUUUUCAAUGCUACAUUCAGAACUUAAGUGGUUUCAGUUUAUGAACAUAAGCAGCAUUUAUUAAUAUCAAAGUUGUUUAAAUAAUAUCUCAGGAGGUCAAAUGUAUGAAUAACAACACAAACUACUACUUUCAAAAUAAACAUUAUUUACACAAAAUAGUUUUAAAUUAGAUCAGAAAAUACUUAAAAUACUUAAUUUUUGUAUAGAAAUUAAUUUAAUUUUAACUAUAUGAUUCUAUCUUUCAGAAACAGAAAGUUGAUGCUCCCAGGAAAUUUGUCACUUACUAUCUAGCUUUAUGUUGGAAAUCAAUCACAUAAGCAGCUAAUUCCUUGUCAUGUUAACUAUGAUGCUCAAUCAAUCACGAAAGAUCCUGCAAAAGGCAGAAUUGUUAAAAGGACAAUGUUACCUAUGUAGCUUUUAGUUUUCUUUAAAAAAAAAAUCGACGUGACAAAACCAUUGAUAAUAGUCCUUAAGCUUUAUAGAUCUUACUUUAGUGAUUCAUCAUGGGAAAUUCCUGCUCAGUCAUCAUUUGUGGGUUCAUGUAGUGACUACUCUGUCUUUGCUUAAUUCCUGCCACACCAUACAGUGAGAAAAUAAUUCUAGAGUUUGGGGCACAAGGCUAAGGUGUGAGUGGGCCACAUAGACAUAAAAGUAUAAAUCACAAUAGAGUUCACUGGGGAAAACAAACUAGAACUAUGAAUGUAGGUGAAACAAGUACAAACAUUUUGUAACAAUGCAAAGGUCUCAGUGUCUGUGUGACAAGGCAAAGGAGCCUUGGGAUGUGCAUUGAUUUUUAUUUGCUUAAAAAAUGUUGACUUCCCCGACAACUUGCCUGGGUCUUCUCUACAGUACGUCUUUAUUCUUGUGCUCCCCUUGGUUCUGUGUCACAUUUUCAAAAACCAGAACUGAAGCUUCAAGGACAAAUAAAACUUUAAGGUCAGCUUUGCACACUGGGUUAUUUUCAGAAACGGAGAAGGCCAUUGUUUACUUUGUACUAUGGACACUUGUCAUUGGACUGGAUUCCAAACUCCCCCAGUACUCAGAAGAGUGUAAAUGUGGCAAUGGCCUGAUUUAUUUCUUUGUUUAUUUUUUUUUUUUUAUUUUUUAAGUGCACGAUGGGUGUGUGGAAUAAAUGUAGAGGAAGUAAUCAGACCACAGUCAUAUUUUAGGCAUCCAUAGGUAUUAAUUUAGCUGCAUUGGGAGUACAUUUUUUGUUCUAUUUUUAGUGUAGAUUUAAGCACUUUGAAUAGCAUGAUUCAGGGAUUGAUGGGUAAUAUUUGAUACUCUCACAACGUAAGAAACUUUUUUUCCUCCAAUGCUUUGUUAUAUUUACAAAUGAAAUAAAUGCAAAGGAAGCUAUUUAUAGCUUUAGAAACAUUCCUCCCAAGUUUCUAUUCCUCUAUCAGCUCCACAUGAGAACCAGAUAAGGGAACUCAUGGUUUCACGUGUUCUAUGUGUAACAGAAGUUCUGUGAGAACUCAAUAAAAUGAAGAAAAAAAAUAUGUAUUUCCCUAGUGCUUAGGUUUCAUCCUUCUCUUUCUGUUUGUUUGGGGUUCUGGGGGAUAAGAUUAUUCUAGCUAUAAAAACACAUUUGAAAAUGUGAAUGUGUUAGCCAAGCUGGGGGGAAGAAUGGACUUCCAGACUUGGACAUGUGUGAUAUUUGGUAUUGCCUGUUUUUCAUCAAUCACCGCCUGAGCUCUGAAUGAUACAUUAUGGAUUCAAAGUCCAUUUGGUUCAUUAGUGUAACCUCAACUUGCUGCUUCUGAGCAUCUUAGUCUUUAUUCUGAUGCUCAAAUCUUUGAUUAUUUAAUUUGUAUCCCAUCCCUUUGGUCUUCGACGGGCAGAGAAGACCUUUGUAUGUUGUGUUACCAGCUGAUUUAAGUUUAAAUGAAGUCUAUAAAAUUCAAGACGUGAUGAGAUCUGAACUUAUAUUUCUAUAGUUAAGCAUCUGAUUGUUCAGUCAAUCAUAUUGUGAUUAUUAUUUUCCUCAUACUAUAUGUAUUUGGACUCUAUCAACUUAAUCUUAAAUAUGUAGAUGCUGGUUUCUUCCAUAUUUCAUUGUUAAUAUAAUACAUAUUUUAUAACAAGAGGAAAUAUUAACUAAGAGCCAAUUCCUAAACUCUAAGUAUGCUUUGUUUAUCCUAGAAUAGUCAUUAACUUUUCAGAUACUAUUUAUGUGAAUUGAGAUUACUAUUUCUAGGAAAACAUUUAUUUGUACAUUAUAAGCUAUUUUCUGAUUCUGGAAUGGUACCCUAGCUCUCCUUUUAAAGAAGAGUUUAAUCUUGUGUUUAUUUUCUUCUUUUUAUUUGUUGUUUUGUUUAUCUUGUUUUUGAGAUAGGAUUCAGGCUGGGCUGGCUUCAACCUCUUGAUUCUCCUGCCUCAGCUUCUUGACUGCUGGGAUUUUAGGCAUAUACACCAAAACCAGCAAUUUCUUCUUUAUUAGCUUCAGUGUAUACAUUAGUCCCACAAGAAAUCUUAUUGAAAUUCUAAAGAUAACAAAAAUAUCACACAAGUGAAAUAACUGAAUGGAACUAAGAGAAUACACAUAAACAGAAGAGGAAAAUGUCGUUUUGUCUCUGAUCUCAAUUUGUUUGACCAUUCAUCCCAUGACUGCUAUAGCUGAUGAAAAAUAGAGGCAAAAUAUUAAAUAGCUUAGAUAUCACACUAUAGAUUCCUAUUCCCUAUUCUGGAAAUUUUUUCCAAACAUACAUAUGGUUAUUAAAAAUAAAUCACAAUGUACCUCUUAAUAACAGAAGAAAGUUUUGUCAAUGGAAGCAGAGGUUAUUUCUUGCCUUAUUGUGGAUCUUUCCCACCUGGUUAUUCUGAACUAAGAAAGUAGCCAACAGUUUCAAUUAUCCUUAUUAAUAGGCCUUAACCUUGAGUUUCAGGGAUAUUGUGGCUCUACAAAAUAAAUGAAAGGAAAUAACAAAACAAAUAAAUCUGUUUUCUUGGGUGUGAGUCUCCAGACAUCCAGCAUCCAAGGAGAAAGCCAUAGAUACUUAGAUUCAGAGGACAGUCUCAUAUGCUAAUAUUAAUAUACAUUCACACAUCUCGAAGGCAUUAUUGUGUCUUUGGUUUUAUUUUUUUAAUUUUCAUUCAUGAAAAUUUAAGGGUGACUUUUGCUUUUUUUUUAAACAAAGAUAACUGCUCAUCCAAAAUGACCUGACUUUACUAGAGAAUUGGUGUGAAGAAAAAUUUAACAAUAAGAAGUAAUUUACAACCAAAUAAAUGAGGAAUCUCUCCAUUAUUAUUAGUUUAAUUUAAACUCCUUUAAAACAGAAUAUGCAAAGUCAUAAUUUUGCAAGUAUGACAUCCUUCAUUAAUUCUUUUUGUUUUUAAUCACAAUGUGUGCCAAAAAAUUCAAAUAGUAGAGAAAGAGAAGAAAUAACAAUUCGAUGUAUUUUUCUAAAAGAAACCAGCUUUACUAUGAAAACUUUUAGAUUUUGUUAAGGACUUUACUUUCACUGAUUUCAAUAUUGCUACUUUCAUGAAUUUCAAUGUGACCUUGGAACAAUAUACAGAAUUUUGAAACGUGAGGUGGUAGUAAUUGAAAGUUGCAGUUAUUUCUUUUGGUUCAUUGCAGAGUGAAAACCUAUGUUCUAUGAUAAGAGAAUGAAAGACUGUCAGAAGGAGUUAUAACAAUCUGACUUAAAUAAGCAAAAGGAGGAGGAGAAAAAGCAGGAGAGUUAAUUCUAAUCUUAAUUUGAUGUGCCCUAUCAUAGUCAGAUUUUGGUUUCAUCCAUAAAAUAUAUCUUAAGAGAAAAAAAGGAGAUCAAGUUUAAUUUUCCAUUCAGUAUUAUAUCUUUUUUACAGUCUCAGAACAUAAAAUGUUUCUCAAUUACAGAUAAGAUAGGCAUAUAUAUAUAUUUAUAAGAUAUAUAUGGUUUUAUAAAUAUAUAUGUGUAAAUUCCUUCUGUUCAUUAGCAAAUUUUUCUCUAAUAGCCUCUGCGUUCACUGACAAACUCAUUGCUUCUGAAACCUUCAUUAAAGUAAGUAAAGUUACUUUUAUUUUUCUAUUUACUGCUUUCAUUUAUGUAUCCCCCAGUGUUCAUAAAAUUGAAAUUUUUCUCUUUUUAACACAAGGAAACACUCUAAAAAAUUACUAUGCUGUGUUCCCUCUACUACCAAAAAACAAACUAAAAAAAAACCUGCCCAUGAACUUCAGAGUACUAAGUGUAAUAUCGAUGUUGUAAAUUUCAAUCUUCAUAAUCUAAAUGUUACCUUUCAAAAGGCAUGCUGUGUCAUUAAAAAAAGAGUUAAUGUGAAAUGACCUUAUUACAUAGUGCAUGAAUAUGUGGCAAAGUAAUAUGGAUCUAUCUUUACUAGUCAACGAGAGGUUAAAUUUUGGGAGAUCAGAUGUGUUUUAGGUUAAUAUCAAUUGGAAGGAUGGAAUCUUAAUGUUAGCAUAAUGGGCAGUUUUCUAUACUGCUUGCAGUAUAUGCUCCUGUUAACAACAAUCCUUAGUCUAUUCUUUCCACCAAAGUAGUGGAGAUGUGUUCAUAUAAUCUGCUAUUUAAUUACAACUUUUACAUCUUCAGAAUUUGAGGGAACCCAAAUAGGAAAGUGGAUGUAAUCAUUUUCCUCUGCUGGCGUUCAAGUUGUAUUUUAAACUCAGACACUCUCAGAUCUGUUCACAGUCAGUACAAGUGCAUUUUACAUAGUACUUCUCUUGAGUUUUGCUCACCCUCUUUUGACUUUGUAUAAUCUAGGAUGUAGGUGACUCAUGAGUAGGUGAUGGGGGCGCUCCUCUUUUUCUUAGAAUACUUACAAUUAUAUAUUUGGUUUUGCUUUGACUAGCAAUAGGAAAAUAGACAAAUACAAGUGUACAAAUGAGAAAUUUUAACCUCGACUUAUAAUUUGUGUUUUAUAGUCGUUUCAUAAGUCUGUUGCUCUCUAUGAGUAUGCUCUCUAUAUAUCCUGUAAAAAUAAAUUUAUAUGUUACAUAGAAAUUCAAGAAAUUAAAUUAUUUAUUAAGCUACAAA